UGACUUGGCAAGUAUUUUACAAAACAAAUAUUUUAAUAAUUUAUCAAAAUUAAGUGCAGACAAAGAUAAAAUCUAGUUUCAAUCGAUAUUUGCGUUUGUAAAUUAGUUCUUUACUUCUCUCAAAUGUCGCCAGCUGUAGUGAUAUAGUUUUUAUCGAUUAAAAAAAUUUGCGUUAUAAACGCAAGAAAGAUGUCUAAUACAUCUGUUAGCAUAAAGUUCAAGUCUAGGCUGACGGAGUCUGACCCCGAGCAGAAGCCUGUUCUGUUCAUUGGACAGCCUGCCCACCUCUCAGCUCUGUCAUGGCAGGAUGUCAAGUGCAAGCUGGAGCCAAGAGUGACAGAAGAGGCCUGGAAACGUGGGCUGUCAGUAGCUAGUGCAGGGGAUACAGUAGAGCUAUGGCCAAAAGCCGCUACUGUCGGGAUCCUGCCACCCAAGGUGUCUCGUCAUGCCACACCGGCUCGGUCUCAUGUCAUCAGUAAGCUAGUGCGCAGCGCUCUUCGCAGUGCUGCUGAUGAGUACAUUGUGCUGGUAUGUCGCAAGAGAGACUUGUUGGCCAGUGCAGUGGCUAUUGCACGCUGUGUGCCACUGUACUCGGCUCGCUCUGCACUCGGGCCCCUGCCCACCGAUGGGCCCAGCAGCCCAGUCACUCCCACUAAGAGAAAUCUGACUGUGGAAAUACAAUUGGCACAGCCUGAUUACUCCCAAGAGGGUGACUGUGAGGAUGUGGAGCUCAUGGACCCUGUUCUUCUGGAGACGACUCUGUCAUCAGACGAGCUGUGCACCGUGCAGGAUGUGGUCAACUCCGUGCGUCUAGCGGCCAUGAUCACUGACAUGCCGGCUAACAUUAUGACCAUUGAUGCGUUUAUUGAGGAAGCGCACAAAGUAGCCAAGGAGCUCGACCUGGCUCCGCCCACCGUCAUCCGAGGCGAGGAGCUGAAAGCGCGCGGCAUGGGCGGCAUCUACGGUGUGGGGAAGGCCGCGGAACAGCCGCCCGCUCUCGUGGUGCUGUCCUACCGCCCGCCCUCGGCCACCGAGAGCGUGGCCUGGGUCGGCAAGGGCAUCAUAUAUGACACUGGUGGCCUGAGCAUGAAGUCCCCGUCGUCGAUGCUAGGCAUGAAGGGCGACUGCGGCGGCGCGGCGGGCGUGCUGGGCGCGUUCCGGUCCACCGUGCUUGCCGGCUGCCGCGCCCAGCUCCACGCCGUGCUCUGCCUCGCCGAGAACAGCGUCGGCCCGCGCGCCACCAGGCCUGAUGAUAUCCACCAGCUGUAUUCAGGAAGGACUGUGGAGAUCAACAACACUGACGCUGAAGGCCGUCUGGUGCUGGCGGAUGGCGUGACGUACGCGCACCGCGACCUCAAGGCCACCACCAUCGUCGACAUGGCCACGCUCACUGGAGCACAGGGCACAGCGACGGGCAAGCACCACGCGGCCAUCCUCAGCAACCGCGACGCACUGGAGGCGCGGUGCGUGCGCGCCGGCCGCGCGUCAGGCGACCUCGCGCACGCGCUGCCCUUCGCCCCCGACCUGCACUUCCGCGAGUUCAGCAGCGCCAUGGCCGACAUGAAGAACAGUGUUGCUGAUCGCGGCAACGCGCAGCCGUCGUGUGCCGGCCUGUUCGUGCUGUCGCACCUCGGGUUUGACUACCCCGGCGACUGGCUUCACGUCGACAUGGCCUCGCCCGCACACAUCGGUGAGCGCGCCACGGGGUACGGAGUAGCGUUGCUGAACGUGCUCUUCGGCGGAUACACCAACAGCCGUCUGCUGAAGGCGCUCAGCCCGCCGCAGUAAACUAGCAAGCCAACCAGCAAGUCAACUAGCCAACCAGUGAGUUAACUAGCCAACCAGCAAGAUAGCUAGCCAACCAACAGGAUAACUAGCCAACCAGCAAGUUAACAAACCAGUAAGAAAAUUAGUAAGCCCCCAGGAUAGUUAACGAGUCAACCAGCAAGGAAACCAGCCAGAAGAAAGAUUGUGGAUAAAAUAAAAGGUAUUUGUAAGGUGCCACUAAAGAAUCUUAUCAUUUAUAUAUUUUAUGCAUUUUAUGUCUUUAUUUUUAUACACUAGUAAUGUAAACUGUAUUUUAACAACACUAACAUACCUCAGAUAGGCUUUUAAUAAAAUGUGAGGCUUAUGAGAUGUAAGUUAAUUUAAGAUUUAGCGUUUGUAACAACUAAACCAUAUGUAUUUUUAAUUUUCAUGUUUAUUUGUUAAUAAUAGGUUUCAAACAUAAUGCAAACAUUAUGCACAUUAACAUCAAAUAAAAUCCAAAUAUGACAGUUUUAAGCAAAUGUUUUUAGACUGUACCGGUUGGAUUAUUCUUAUAGACAAUAAUAUUGUUACAUACAAAAAGUCCUAUAAUUACUUACCCAAUAAAAUAUAUUUAAUAAUAUUUGUAAUAGUCGCUAGGCCAUAUUUCGUUGUUACCCAAUCAAUAUUAGACCCAUAGUGGCAAAAAAUACCAUCUACUGUGGUUCUAUUAUAAAACAUUUUUAUGAUUAUUAUACUCUUAGGGGUUGAUUCAGACCAAUCUAUCAACCCUCGCCUCUAGUACAUCGACGCUACAAAAACGCGAAACAGCGGCGAACCGAUUUGCUGUCUCACUCGCCACACGACAAUGCGUUAUAAUAUGGCAUCUCGCUCUAUUCCUAUUUCGCGUUCCGCAGCGUCGGUCGGUGUACUAGAGGCGUUGGUGUUGUUUAUGACGGUAGAUGUUUCAAAGAACUACAGAGUGUGCCGUUUUCAUACCAUAAGAAUUAUGAUAUACAAACCAUUUAAUUUGUAGUAAAACUAUACAUUGUCAUGUGUUCACCAUUAAAUAAGAUUGUAUUAAAGGUUUUUAAAUA